CAUUCAGCAAGAUCCAUUUUCCGCUCCCUUAUCUAAGAAAAAGAGAGAGAGAGAUCCAAUCCCGACGUUUUCGUGUCGGCAACACGGUUUAAUCGGCUGCCGGAAUAGCGACACUCAGGAAAAGUAUACUCGUCCGUCCAAUUCCAGCUCGAUUUCAUCGACCACACGCCAAUCACGCUGCCAAAAUGGUUUGAGCAUAUUCCUCUCCCCUAACCUUAAUCUUCCCAGUUCUUCAAUUCCUCUCCCGAUUUCUCUCUUUCUACAUGAAAUGUCUACUUUCUUGGGUUCUUGCUUGAUCGUCUUAUUUUUCACCCAGUUCCUUUAGACCCCAUCAAAGUUUUGUCCCCAAAUCCACUGAAGUUCGCACAGAGUAGCUCAAAUGGCGUUUGUGCUAGGUCUCGUGCUGGGUGUGUUUGUCGGACUAGGUCUUGUCGUGGGUUUUGUGAAGUCCGAGAAUGCUCGGUCGAAGCGACGGGCUGAUCUUGCUGCUACAACCACUGCUUUUGCCAGAAUGACAGUGGAAGAUUCGAGGAAGAUCUUGCCUCCUCAGUAUUAUCCCUCUUGGGUCGUCUUUUCCCAGAGCCAAAAGUUGACUUGGCUCAAUCAGCAUCUUACCAAGAUUUGGCCGUAUGUUAAUGAGGCUGCUUCUGAUCUGAUAAAGGCUUCAGUAGAGCCUGUUCUUGAACAAUAUAGGCCUAUCAUUCUGUCAUCACUCAAGUUUUCCAGGUUCACCCUUGGCACUGUGGCUCCACAAUUCACAGGAAUUUCUAUAAUUGAAGAUGGAGGAACUGAUGGUAUAACCAUGGAGUUGGAAAUGCAGUGGGAUGGUAAUCAAAGUAUAAUACUCGAUAUAAAGACUCGACUCGGUGUUGCACUACCAGUGCAGGUAAAAAACCUUGGAUUCACAGGCGUUUUUAGGUUGAUAUUGAAGCCUCUGGUCGACGAAUUUCCGUGCUUUGGCGCCGUUUGUUUUUCUCUGCGUCAAAAGAAAAAGUUGGACUUUACACUUAAAGUUAUUGGUGGGGACAUAUCAGCAAUACCUGGGCUUUACAGUGCACUCGAGGGAACGAUUCGAGAUGCUGUUGAAGAUUCUAUUACAUGGCCUGUUAGGAAAGUUAUCCCUAUAAUUCCUGGUGAUUACAGUGACCUGGAAUUGAAACCUGUUGGGAUCCUGGAGGUGAAACUUGUGCAGGCGAAAGAGUUAACGAAUAAAGAUAUGAUUGGAAAAUCUGAUCCCUAUGCGGUAUUAUAUAUACGGCCGCUUCGUGACCGAAUGAAAACGAGCAAAAUAAUUAACAAUGACUUGAAUCCCGUGUGGAACGAACACUUCGAGUUCGUUGUUGAAGAUGAAUCCACACAAAAUUUGGUUGUGAAAGUGUAUGAUGAUGAAGGACUUCAGGCUUCUGAGCUUAUAGGGUGUGCUCAGAUGCGGUUAAGUGAACUUCAACCGGGCAAGGUAAAAGAUGUGUGGUUGAAGCUGGUUAAAGAUCUGGAGGUUCACAGAGAUAAUAAGAACAGGGGGCAGGUGCACUUGGAGCUCCUAUACUGUCCGUUCGGUAUGGAAAAUGGGUUUACAAAUCCGUUUGCCCCCGAUUUUUCAAUGACUUCCUUGGAGAGUGUACUAAAAAGUCGGACAAAUGGAACGGAAGCUACCGAAAGCGAACAAGCUGCCACACAGAAGAGGAAGGAGGUUAUUAUUAGAGGAGUACUUUGUGUGACAGUAAUAUCUGCAGAAGACUUGCCUGCAACAGACAUGGUAGGAAAAUCUGACCCAUAUGUUGUACUCACCAUGAAAAAAUCAGAAAUGAAGAACAAAACAAGGGUUGUGAAUGAGAGCUUAAAUCCUGUAUGGAAUCAGACAUUUGACUUUGUUGUUGAAGAUGGAUUACAUGAUAUGCUAAUUGCUGAAGUUUGGGAUCAUGACACUUUUGGGAAGGAUUAUAUGGGAAGAUGUAUUUUGACACUUACAAGAGUAAUACUAGAAGGAGAAUACAAGGAAUCGUUCGAACUCGAUGGAGCCAAGUCAGGACGGUUAAACUUACACCUCAAAUGGAUGCCGCAACCGAUCUACCGUGAUACCUAAGCAAUCCCUACCAGUAGAGUUUGGGCAUGUACAAUACCUACUCGAGCGAAACGCUGAAGAUUGUAUAUAAAAUUGUUCCAUACACCUUGGGGCUAUCCAGACCACUGAGUUAUGAAGAGAAGGGAUUCCAAGCAGAUGAAAGAAAUAGGCAAUGGCUUUGUUUUUUUUGCUUUCCAUGUUAGCAUCUAUGGUACUUUGAAGUGACAAGAACUUGAAGGAAUUCUGAAACCUUUUUAGGUGUACUUAUGUUUGGUUUAGUUUGAAUGUCUCGUUCUUUGUGAAUCAAA